AUGGAGUUUUUUCUAAGCUGUAUGUUCCUCUUACUUCUAUUACCAUUCACUCUUUAUUUUCUACUUUCUAAAUGCACAAAAAACACCAUCAAACUUCCACCAGGACCUACUCCUCUUCCUUUUAUAGGCAACCUCCAUCAAUUAGGAAAAAAGCCACACAAAUCCUUAGCCAAAUUAGCUGAAAUUCAUGGUCCACUCAUGAGUCUUAAGUUGGGCCAAGUUACAACCAUUGUUGUCUCUUCACCCAACAUGGCCAAAGAAAUACUCCAAACUCAUGAUCAUAUCUUAUCCAACAGAACCAUUCCCGGUGCUGUAAAAGUUCAUGACCACCACAAAUACAACAUGGCGUUCUUACCAAUUGAAACUCUUUGGAGAGAGUUAAGAAAAAUAUGCAAUAAUGAAUUGUUCUCUAACAAAACAAUUGAAGAGAGUAAGGGAAUCAGGCUUCAGAAAGUGAAAGAUUGUCUCAACGAUAUUAAUCAAAAUAGUCUUAUUAAUGAAGCUGUUUGUAUUGAAGAUAUGGUUUUCAAGACAUCCAUUAAUUUGUUGUCAAACAUGAUUUUCUCUCUAGAUUUGGUUCAACCUGGUGAUUCAGUUGGAGAUUUCAAGGAGCUAAUUUUGAAUAUAUUGAAAGAGUGUGGAAAACGAAACGUUACUGAUCUUUUUCCUGCUUUAAACGUGUUUGACUUUGAUCUACAGGGUAUUAAACGACGCAACGCUGUUUAUGCUCGAAAAGUCUUUGAUAUCUGCCAGCGUUUAAUUGAUGAAAGAGUGAAGCUGAGGGAAGUACAAGGUCUUGACACAAAAAGUGACAUGCUAAGUAACUUGCUCAACAUUGAUGAAGAUAACAGCCAAGAGAUGAACAAGGCCAAAAUCCCACAUUUAGCUCUGACUUUAUUUAUUGCUGGUACGGAUACAGUCUCAUCUACUCUAGAAUGGGCAAUGUCAGAAUUGAUUAAAAAUGAAAAGGUUAUGUCAAAGGCAAAACAAGAGUUGGAACAAAUCAUUGGCAAAGGAAAACCAGUUGAAGAUUCAGAUAUUGCUAAGCUUCCUUAUUUACAAGCAAUAAUAAAAGAGACUUUUAGAUUACACCCUGCUGUUCCAUUUUUAGUCCCUCGAAAAGCUGAUGCAAAUGUGGAAAUUGGUGGCUACACAAUUCCAAAAGAUGCACAAAUUUGGGUCAAUGUGUGGGCUAUUGGUAGAUAUUCAAGUGUUUGGGAAAAUCCAAACUUGUUUUCACCAGAGAGAUUCUUAGACUCUAAAAUUGAUGCUAUAGGUCACAAUUUCGAGCUUUUACCAUUUGGUUCUGGAAGAAGAAUUUGUCCUGGUAUAUCGUUAGCUACAAAGAUGUUACCUUUGAUGUUGGGUUCAUUUAUCAAUUGUUUUAACUGGAAACUAGAAGAUGGAACAAAAGUAGAAGAUAUGAACAUGGAUGACAAGUUUGGACUAUCAUUAGAGAAGUCUCAGAAGCUAAGAAUUGUUCCAGAAAAGGUAUACAACUAG